GUAAGGAUUUGUUCUUGUUGCUGCCUGCACUCCCUCCAGCAUGGCCUGCCUGCUCCGUGCAUUUUGGAGAGUUUCUGCAGAGGUUUUCUUCUUAGCGCUGUGGGGCGUGGCUGUAGGUGAGAAGCUGCUGGUGGUCCCUCAGGAUGGAAGCCACUGGCUCAGUAUGAAGGACAUAAUUGAGCCUCUCGGUAAGAAGGGGCAUGACAUCGUGGUGCUGGUGCCAGAAGUCAAUUUGCUUCUGGAAGAAUCCAAAUACUACACAAGAAGAAUCUAUCCAGUGCCCUAUGAUGAGGGGGAGAUGAAGCGCCGCUACCGCUCUUUUGGAAAGCAUCACUUUGCUGAGCGAUGGCUCCUGAAUGCUGCUCAGACUGAGUACAGGAAUAACAUGAUCGUUAUUGACAUGUACUUCAUCAACUGCCAGAGCCUCCUGAACCACUCUGAGACCAUGAGUUUCCUCAGGGAGAGCGAGUUUGAUGCCGUUUUCACAGACCCGGCCUUACCCUGUGGGGUGAUCCUGGCUGAGUACCUGGGCCUGCCCUCCGUGUACCUCUUCAGGGGCUUCCCGUUUUCCCCGGAAUACGCCUUCACCAGAACCCCAAGCCCGGUGUCCUACAUUCCCAGGGGCUACACCCAGUUCUCCGAUCGGAUGACUUUCCCCCAAAGGGUGGUCAACUUCCUCGUUAGUUAUUUGAAGAACUACGUAUUUUACUGUCUGUAUUCAAAGUACGAAGACCUCACAUGGAAUGUUCUCAAGAGAGAUGUGCACUUACCCGCCUUAUAUCGGAAGGCCGCCAUUUGGCUGUUAAGAUAUGACUUUGUGUUUGAGUAUCCGAGACCAGUCAUGCCCAACAUGGUCUUCAUUGGAGGUGUCAACUGCAGGAAGGAGGGAAUCGUGCCUCAGAUGCUGUUGGAGAAGCCCCUCGGCCGCCUGGCUGGUGGUUGCCACUGGAAGACCCUCAGGGGCUGGGCCUUGGGGCAGCCCCAGCUGUUCUGA